AUGGGUAUAAACGAUCCGUUCCGCAUCAGCCCCCAAAGUCAAGAGUACCAAGAUUUUCUGCGUUGCCCUGAUGCAAACUUCUGGAUGCAAAUUUCCGGUCUCCCAACCUUCAACCCAAGCCGACAGCGAGCCAAGCACAUCGUUCACCCAUGUUGGCGAAUUGCUCACCGAGUCCUUACGACGAGUAUCUUCGGGCGUCUCGAGCCCGGUCAAAUCAACAGAUGUCGAGCCGUCGGCCUAGACUUUCCGGAUCCCGAGUACAUACCUGUCGACACCCCACCGAACUUCCUGCUAGAUUGUGACACUCUCAUCCGGAUGGAGAUGUUGCUCGAUCGGGGAACCCGCACGUACAGUUGGUUAGACGCUGACAAAGCCCCGGUUUACAUCCUGCCAAGUUGGAUCGGUUCCUCAUUCGAUGCAGGCGACCCCGACACUUGGCUCCCUCCAGAUCAAUUGACCCAAGCAGGUGUAUUCCCAGAAUUCGGUGAUGAUGAGGGUGACGACGCAGAGGAACAAGAGGAAGAAGAUGACGAAGAGGACGACGAGAUGCCCGAAGCUGAAGACCAUUUUGACCAACCCUCGAUGCAACAGCCGAUGUUUCAGCACGAUCAGUUCCGGCCCUCCACAUCAUUUUGA